CACCAGUCUCCUCACAGUCCUUCCUCCUGCGCACAGCUGAGGCUCUCCAUCCCCUCUCCUCCCUCUCUCUCACUUUCACUCUCUCGCUUGCUCUCGCACGCUCAGUCACUCACACACCUCCUCCGUUGCUGCUGAGCCCAGCCGACAGCUCAGAGCUCAGAGGACACGCUCACACAGAACAAACCGAGGAUCAGCAGAAUGAGGAUCGGCGUGUUCGGCGUGCCGGCGGCUCCCCGCUGCCGUCCCACGCAGAGCGUACGGAUCUUCUCCUCCCCCCCGCUCCUGCUCCUCCUGGCGCUGCUGAGCACCGGCGCCGUCGCUUCCCCGUUCCAGCUGGCCCCCGACACCCCGGCCCCGGCGGAGCCCACCCCGACCCGGGCCACACCUCGGCCGGACCCCUGCGAAGGGCGCCCCUGCCUCAACGGGGGCUCCUGCUCCGGGCUGGAGGGGCCGGAGGACUCCUGGGAGUACACCUGUACGUGCAGCCAGGGCUUCACGGGACGCAACUGUGAGUUUUUCACAGACCCGUGCGCCAGCAGCCCCUGUCUCCAUGGCAACUGCAGCCGGACCGACGGCGGGGAGGAGGCGGAGCCGGCCUACACCUGCGAGUGCACCGAGGGCUACGAGGGCGAGCGCUGCGACCAGAUCCUGCUGGACCUGCCGGCCGCCGACUGGGACCCGUCCGCCCCCGAGCCGGCCACGCCUGUCACCUCCGCCACCGCCGCCGCCACUCAGCCGACCGCCGCCACCGCCGCCACAACGCCGGCCCCUCCCUCCCUGCAGCCAUGGCAACCCAAAUCUGGCCAGAGGAUGCUCGUGGUGCCGUGGGAGGCGGACAGGGUGACGGAGGGUCUGCACUGUGUGAGCCCUGAGCUGUGUGAGCUGACGUCAGGAACUCUGACCAUGUCGCUGGAGGUGCCUGAAGAGACAGCUGUAAAGGUGGUGGUAAAUGCCAGUGGAGCUCCAGGCCUGUGGCGAGUGAACGAGGAGGGCUUCCUCCGAUCCUCCAUUUUAAACGGCACCAUGAUGUGGUUCCUGCAGGCCCCCGACGGGCUGGUAGUGCCCGACCAGUCGCUGCCCCUGGGACAGAACUACUUCCUCAGCAUGCUGCGGGUGGGCGCCCCCACUGCCCCGGAGGUCACACUGCGCCUCAACCUGACGGUGAAGGCCAGCAGCUGCGUGGAGCCCGGCAGCAGCUUCAGCGACCCCCAGUGCUCCGGCAAGGGCAAGUGCAUCACGCAGCCCUCCGAGAGCACCUUCUUCUGCGAGUGCGAGGACGGCUACGCCGGCAUCUUCUGCGAGGAGUUCGACGCCUGCCACCGCCGGCCGUGUCGCAACAACGGCACCUGCUCCGACGUGAGGCAGGGGGACGAGGGCCGCAACUUCACCUGCAGCUGCCCGCCAGGGUACGAGGGCGAGCGCUGCCAGCUGCUGGUGGACCACUGCCUCUCUCAGCCCUGCAGGAACGGAGCUACCUGCUUCAGCAGCCUGGCCGGGCCCCGGUGCUACUGCCCAGAAGGCUUCCAGGGCGCCACCUGCGAGCAGAAGGUGGACCCGUGCGCCUCCAGCCCCUGCCACAACAACGGCACCUGCUACGCCCAGGGCCCGGGGCCCCUGGGCUUCGGCUGCAGCUGCACGGCGGGCUUCACGGGGCCCGCGUGCGCCCAGCUGGUGGACUUCUGCGCCCUCAACCCCUGCGCCCACGGCGUGUGCCGCAGCGUGGGCAACAGCUACAGGUGCCUGUGCGUGCCAGGCUACCACGGCCUGUACUGUGAGGAGGAGUACAACGAGUGUCUGUCUGCACCCUGCCAGAACUACGCCACGUGCAGGGACCUCAUCAACGCCUACGAGUGCGCGUGCACGCCUCAGUUCGAGGGAAGACACUGCGAAAUCUACAGGGACCCGUGUUUGAAGGUGCGCUGUCAGAACGGCGGCCGCUGCGAGAGCGCGGGACUCAACGCCUCGUGCGCCUGCGCGCCCGGAUACGCGGGGGAGCGGUGCGACGUCGACGUCGACGAGUGUGAGAGCAACCCGUGCCACCACGGCGGCAGCUGCGUGGACCAGUCCAACGGCUUCGCGUGCCACUGCCCCCCCGGCUGGGUGGGCCCCAGCUGCGAGAUCCACCUGCAGUGGAAGCCGGCGCACCCCGACGACGCCCUCACCAACAUGCCGCGCCACUCGCUCUACAUCAUCAUCGGCGCGCUGUGCGUGGCCUUCGUCCUCAUGCUCAUCAUCCUCAUCGUGGGCAUCUGCCGGAUCAGCCGCAUCGAGUACCAGGGCUCGUCGCGCCACGCGUACCAGGAGUUCUACAACUGCCGCAGCAUCGACAGCGAGUUCAGCAACGCCAUCGCCUCCAUCCGCCACGCCAGAUUUGGAAAGAAGUCCAGACCCGCCAUGUACGACGCCACUCCCAUCGCCUACGAAGACUACAGUCCUGACGACAAGCCUUUGGUCACGCUCAUCAAGACUAAGGAUCUGUAAAAAGCCCACCAUGGCAACACACACACACACACACACACACACACACACACACACACACACACACACACACACUUACACAGUAAUAUAAAGUAUUUCUUAACAAAAAUAAAAUAAUGAAACAAAAUUGAAUGUAAAAAAAAAAGUACAACCCAUGCUGAGCAGAUCUGGAGUUUGAUACAUCUAUUUUCCUGUCGAAGUCCACAGUAAGGCUAUAUUGUAGCAUAAGAUCACACUUUGCAUUACUGUACGUAGGUCAUCGGUAACGUGUGACACUAAGUCACCGGGUUUCUAGGCGUAGGCCCAGCAAGUACAGGUGUGGUAGAAGUAGAGACUCCUCAUGGUGCAGACCCUACACCUUUUUCUAUAUCUAAGAGACUCUGCAGUUAGGUUGCCUUACUCCGUGCAUGGUUAGAUUCGGUCUUCUCUGCGUUAUUUUAUAAUCACAUCUACUUGGUUGUUGGUUUCCUUUUUCAUCGCAGUCGUCAAACUUGUGCCAGAUAUUUACGUUGAGUAACUUAUGGUUGGUAGAUAAAGACAUACUGUAUAAAAUACUAGUCACUGAAGUUUACAUUUUAAUGCAUAUUGUCCUGUUCCUUACAUCCUUUCUCAGUGGUGUAUGAGUAGUAAAGACAGUGGGUUUCCUGGAGUACUGUGACCCUCCCAUCCUGCUGUGUGUAUUUCAGUGAUAUUUAGAAUUCUAGAUCGGUAUAUUUCUCAAUGCACAGGAAAAAAAAAUCAUUGAUUUUACUCAGUGUACCUGUUUAUUCCAGUGUACAGAUUCACCUCCGCUCCUGACAGUGCUGAAUGGUUCCUGGAUGAAAGUUUGUUUGUUUGUUUGUUUGUUUGUUUGUUUGUUUGUUUGUUUGUUUGUUUGUUCCUUCUCGCUUUAGGGGAGGAGGAGAGGAAGAGAAGCAUAUACAGUAUACUACAUGUGCUUUUGUGUCCUACCACUGGAAAAGCCCGUCUGUGCCGCUGUGUUGUUCCUCUCAAUAGGCUCAGCUAAUCCUCUGAAUUAUUUUCUCCCAGCACAGCAGCCACAUGAUUACCUAAUAUCUAUGUUGAAUGAUGUAAACAAUAAAGAUUCAAAGGAACACAA